AGCAGGACGGCCCACCUGCCUCUGGAGACCCCCAGCCCGCGCAGGGCUCUCCCCGGCGUCGCGCGCGCGGGGGGGGGGCGCCAUCUCCCCACGCGGCUGGCCAUGGGUUGCAGCGGGGGCAAGGCGGCUGCUGUCGUCGAUGUUUGCCCGCCCGACUCCGAUUCCAGCGACGGCGAGUCGGACGCGGGCUGUGAGGGUUCACCCUGGCUUGUCCGCCCGAGCCCGCGGCGCACCCCGAGAGGCAGCGAGGUGACGGAAGUGGUGCCGUGGAUGCAGCAGCAGCAGCAGGCUGUGGGGCUGGUGCGCCUGUGA